UUUUUUUUGAUUUUCUGAAUUCAUUUCCAUGUCGCAACAUUCCCGUCGGACGAAAGAAGACAACACAUGGUCGCUAGCCGAGACGACAGGUCCCAGACGCGAGGCUACUACGUUUUAAGACAGUCGCAAAAGACUUUGCACUUCACAGCUCGCCUCUCCAGGCCGCCGUGUUCGCAGUCGCGAACACGUUCAACUGCGUGCUUUUAUGGCGACGGAGGUUGCAAGCCACAAGCUGUACCGCUUAUUGCUCGACUCACACCACGUCAUCGCAGUUCCUACUCUGCUUGCCGCCUCGUCUACAUAUCACGUGACAAUGAUCGCAGCCUGGCGACGAGACGCGUCGGCAGAUCUCUCGCUCAAGCAGAUGAUUGCCAAAAACAGCUUCGUACGCCGUAGCACUUCCUUGCACAGGAAGAAUCAAGAGAAUAUGUUUUAAAAUUCAUGAAGAAGUACACCAAAGUAGCGUGAGGUCAAAAGCCAUUGGGUUCUGCACGUUUGGAUUCAUGCAAGCAUUUUAAUAUCUGCAUCGAAAUAAGAAAUAAAAAAAAACACUCUUUUCCA